AUGUCGACCGCAAAUGCGCGACAACGCCCCAGCAACUGGAAGGCCCUCGCACCACCACCACUUCCUGGAACCACAUUUGCAGCUCAGGCCAAGCUUCCACGACUACCUGUGCCUCCGCUUAAGGACACCCUCGAUACCCUGAAGGAGACCUUACGGCCCCUCGCAUGGAACGAUGCGGAGUACGCGAGCGUGGUGCGCAAGGUGGACGAGUUCGCCAAGGGGCCCGCACAGGAGCUGCAGAGACGCUUGACAGACAGGGAGGCAAAGACAGAGCACUGGCUGGAAGAGUGGUGGGAUGACGGCGCGUAUCUGACCUACCGUGAUUCGGUUUGCAUCAAUGUAUCAUACUACUAUGGGUUCGAUGCACACCCGGCCCACCUUCCCCAAACUGCGCUGCAUCGCGCAGCGUCGAUUGUCCGCGCUGGGAUGCUCUUCAGGCAGCAAUACAAGACUGGUGCUCUCCCGCCUGAAGCAACGAAGGAGGGGCCCAUCUGUGUGGACACAUACCGUUGGAUGUUCGACUGUUGCCGUGUGCCAGGACAACCGGCAGACUGGAGCGUCACUUACGCGCGCGAAGGUGACCGCGGCGACUCCGGCCAUGUCGUAGUCCUCCGGCGUGGUCGCGUGUGGAAGCUCAACCCGUGGAAGGAUGGUCGCUUACUGGGUGUCGAUGAGCUGCAGUCCCAGCUACGGCAUAUAUAUGAGAACACUCGGGAAGAGUACCCUGCCAUUGGCAUCUUGACGGCGUCCAACCGCGAUGUCUGGACCAAGGACUACGACACACUCGCAGCGGACGCACACAACGAAGACAUCUUGCGCACGAUCCAUUCAGCGGCCUUUGUGCUAUGCCUCGAUGCGGAACACGCACCCGACAUGGUCGCGCACAGUCGACUGCUCUGGCAUGGCGCGCUGCCAUCGAGUCCCGAGCCCUCGCAGAUGGGUCUGCGUAACCGCUGGAUGGACAAGCCAUGCCAGUUCGUCGUCACCGAUGACGGCGCUGCAGGCUUCAUCGGCGAGCACUCCGUCAUGGACGGCACGCCCACCGUCUACCUCUGCGACACUGUCCUCGACACCAUCGCCGCGCCCGACUUCGCUUCAUCUCCGCCGGCGUCUCCGGGCUCUGCUUCGCUACCGACUGCGCUGGACUGGCACGUCUCCGCGCAGACGACUGCAGCGAUCCAGGAGGCCGCGCGGGCGGCGCACGCACUCGCGUCGAGCCAGGCGCUGAACAUCGUGCGCACUCCGUACGGCAAGGCCGCGAUCAAAGGGUUCCGCGUGUCGCCCGAUUCGUGGGCGCAGAUGCUCGUGCAGCUCGCGUACGCGCGGCACCUCGGCGCGCGGGGCGAGCGCCGCGAAGGUGGGACGUACGAGGCGGCAUCGUCGCGGCGCUUCUUCAAGGGCCGGACGGAGGCGAUCCGCGUCGUGAGCGCGGAGGCGGACGCGUGGGUCGCGAGCAUGGAUGACGCAGCGGUGAGUGUGGAGGAGAGGGGAAGGCUGUUUAAGAGGGCGGUGGAGACCCAUGUGGCAAGGGCGAAGCGGGCGGGGAACGGCCUUGGGGUUGAUAGGCAUUUGCUUGGGCUGCGCAAGACUUUGAAGGAGGGUGAGCCGAUGCCCGAGGUGUUCUCGGACCCCGUCGUGCAGCGGUCGAGCACCUGGGUGCUCAGCACGUCUGCCGUAUUCUCCAAGCACUUUGGGCCGUACGGCUGGGGCGAGGUCGUCCCGAACGGCUUUGGUGUGCCGUACAUGACCGGCUUCGACGACUACCUCCAGUACACCAUCACCUCGCGGACUGACAUGCCGAAUGCGGAGUUCUGUGCUGAGAUUGAGCGUGCUGCGAAGGAUAUGUAUGAUCUACAUGUCGCACUCGCGGGAUCUUCGCAUCUCAAAGCCAGGAUGUAG